AUGAAUCAGCACAACUCAUCCUCCAUGGGAGAAAGGCAAUUCCCCGACCGUCCUCAUACGCACAUCUCCGUUUUGCCCGUAAUCUGCUUCCUGUCCGCAAGGCCAGCUCAAACCCCCGAGCGGAGCCCCCAAGGUCAGCUCAAACCCCCGAGCGGAGCCCCCAAGGCCAGCUCAAAGCUCCGAGCGGAGCCCCCAAGGCCAGCUCAAACCCCCGAGCCGAGCCCCCAAGGCCAGCUCAAACCCCCGAGCCGAGCCCCCAAGGCCAGCUCAAACCCCCGAGCGGAGCCCCCAAGGCCAGCUCAAACCCCCGAGCCGAGCCCCCAAGGCCAGCUCAAACCCCCGAGCGGAGCCCCCAAGGCCAGCUCAAACCCCCGAGCGGAGCCCCCAAGGCCAGCUCAAAGCUCCGAGCGGAGCCCCCAAGGCCAGCUCAAACCUCCGAGCGGAGCCCCCAAGGCCAGCUCAAACCUCCGAGCGGAGCCCCCAAGGCCAGCUCAAACCCCCGAGCGGAGCCCCCAAGGCCAGCUCAAAGCUCCGAGCGGAGCCCCCAAGGCCAGCUCAAACCUCCGAGCGGAGCCCCCAAGGCCAGCUCAAACCCCCGAGCGGAGCCCCCAAGGCCAGCUCAAACCCCCGAGCGGAGCCCCCAAGGCCAGCUCAAACCUCCGAGCGGAGCCCCCAAGGCCAGCUCAAACCCCCGAGCGGAGCCCCCAAGGCCAGCUCAAACCUCCGAGCGGAGCCCCCAAGGCCAGCUCAAACCUCCGAGCGGAGCCCCCAAGGCCAGCUCAAACCCCCGAGCGGAGCCCCCAAGGCCAGCUCAAAGCUCCGAGCGGAGCCCCCAAGGCCAGCUCAAAGCUCCGAGCGGAGCCCCCAAGGCCAGCUCAAAGCUCCGAGCGGAGCCCCCAAGGCCAGCUCAAACCCCCGAGCGGAGCCCCCAAGGCCAGCUCAAACCUCCGAGCGGAGCCCCCAAGGCCAGCUCAAACCUCCGAGCGGAGCCCCCAAGGCCAGCUCAAACCCCCGAGCGGAGCCCCCAAGGCCAGCUCAAACCUCCGAGCGGAGCCCCCAAGGCCAGCUCAAACCUCCGAGCGGAGCCAAUACGGAAAUUAA